GGAACGAGAGAUGCUGAAGUGGACACUCGCCCUGUGCCUGCUGGCUGCCGUCUGCAGCGCCGCGCCUUCCUGGAAGUCGCGAAGAGUGCGAGCCGACCCCGGCGGCCGUAUAGUGGGCGGCGAGGCGGUGGACAUCACCCAGUACCCGUGGACGGCCGCUGUCGUGUACGGCGGCGAGGACGUGUGCGGCGGCUCCGUCCUCAGCGUCAGGUGGGUGUUGACGGCGGCGCACUGCCUCACCGGCACCACCACCUCGUACGGAGCCCGGGUCGGCAGCUCGGCGCGCGGCACCGGCGGCAGCGUGUUUGACGCCUACACAGUGGUCUACCACUCCAGCUACAGCGAAGACACGGCGGACUACGACAUCGGUGUUGUCGACAUCUUGGCCGAGAUUCCUUUUAACGACAGAACCCAGCCUGUCAACCUAGCGACGUCGGAGCCGGCAGCCGGCACGCUGGUGACCGCCACAGGGUGGGGCGCGCUCUGGUACAAUGGGCCGGCCGCUGAACAGCUGCAGGCCGUCACGACUUCCAUCGUGGACAGAGCCUCGUGCGCCGCCAGUUACGCGAGCCUCGGUCUCGACAUCACGGAGCGCAUGAUCUGCGCCGGCGAUCCAGAGGGCGGCAAGGACGCGUGCUCUGGCGACAGCGGCGGACCCCUGGUGGAGGGGUCCACUCAGUACGGCGUCGUUUCCUGGGGCCACGAAUGCGCUCGCGCCGACUACCCGGGCGUCUACGCCAAUGUCGCUGCUCUGCGCUCCUGGAUCAGCGAAACAACAGGCGUGUAGUCAGUUACACUCGACCCUGCCGCUAGGGACCUUGAAGUUCUCAGGUACAAGAUAGCAAUGGAGGCUUGUGAAACUUCUCUGAGAAGUGCAUUAUUGUGCAUGCCCCAAGGAUUAAUUUUCUGACAUAAAUAAAUAAAUAAAACCGUUAGUAAAACCUGUCCCCACAUCACACCUGCAUAUCCAUUUCGCUAUUAUGUUCUGAGCUGUAACCCCUACAUUACCUGCUUCCGAAUGUGGUAGGAAGGUAGGGAAUGUAAAGAGUAUAGUCGUAAUCACCCACCACUUCCCAGCAGGACAUUAUCUCAGAAAUGUUAAUUGAAAUUAGCCGAGAAGUGUUUGUUGGUUUCUGUUGUGACUUUCUGUUUCUCCAGACUGGUAUAGGUAAUACGCUCAGGUUGUUAAAGAAAUAAAUGCGAAAGGUGUUACUCUAUAUAAACUUAAGCACAUUUAUGGUUCGUAAGAACAGUAUAGAUAGAUGCUGACAUAGCGAAAGCUGAAGAGCAAUAGGCGAUACGGAACAGCGAGGCAUCUCCUUACUGGUCGGAGAAAAAUGUGACGGUUGCGCCUUCCUCUAUUAUCACAGAAAGUACUUAUUGACAUUUGUGGACUCUGUAGUCUAUAUAUUUCAUACUAAUAAAGAAAGAAAAAAAUUCUUGUCGU